AUGUCGGAGGGCACGCUGUUCAAACCCGACAAGGACUUUACGAAGGACGUUGACCAACAGAUUCCGGAAGCUGAAGCGCUUGCUAAGACCAACGUACAAGGCGCACUUGACAAGCUCUUGUUGCUAGAGAAGCAAGCACGACAGGCAUCCGAUCUCCCUUCCACCUCGAGACUCUUGGUCGGCAUCGUCACCAUUUGCAAAGAUGCCGGUGACUGGGACCUGUUGAACGAACAAGUUAUCGCUCUCUCAAAGAAGCAUGGCCAACUCAAACAGGCAAUAACGAAGAUGGUCCAGGUGGUGAUGGAAUUCCUGGACAAGACUCCAAGCACGGAGGUCAAACUGUCCUUGAUCGAGACGCUGAGGACAGUCACUGAAGGAAAGAUUUUCGUCGAAGUUGAGAGGGCACGAGUAACCCGCGCGUUAUCCGACAUUAAGAAGAGCCAAGGCGAUAUCAAUGCUGCUGCGGAUAUCUUGUGCGAGCUGCAGGUGGAAACCUUUGGAUCGAUGGCUCGAAGAGAAAAGACGGAAUUCAUUCUAGAGCAGGUUGCACUUUGCAUAACAAAGAAGGACUGGACACAGGCCAACAUCCUCAGCCGCAAGAUCACCACGAAAUUCUUCGCCCGGAAACCCAAGAGGACCCCAGAACAAAUCGAAAAGGAUAAUAAAGAAGCUGAGGAGAAGGAAAAGAAACGCAAGCCUGAUGAUCCACCAGUCGAGAAGCCAGAUGAUGUCACAGAUCUGAAGCUCCAGUAUUACGAACAACAGAUUAUCCUUGCAAACCAUGAGAGCAAGUAUCUUGAGGUUUGCAAACAUUACAGACAGGUACUCGACACCGCGUCUGUUGAAGAAAACCCAGAACAGCUACGUGCGGUACUCCAACGGGUCAUCUACUACGUUAUUCUCUCACCCUUUGAUAACGAGCAGUCGGAUCUCCUGUACCGUAUUCAAGCCGACACACGAAACUCCCUUGUUCCUGUUGAGGCUCGACUUAUCAAACUCUUCACAAUUAACGAACUGAUGCGCUGGCCCAUGGUCGCUGAGCAAUUCGGGCCCCAUCUCUGCAGUACCGAUGUGUUCGACGCCACCACCAACCACACUGCUGACGACAAGCCAUUCCAGCGCUGGCAAGAUCUCCGAAAGCGUGUUAUUGAGCACAAUGUCCGAGUUGUUGCCAAAUACUACACACGCAUCGAGAUGGGCCGCCUGACCGAGCUCCUCGAUCUGAACGAAGAGGAGACUGAGAAAUAUAUCAGUGAUCUCGUCACUUCGAAGACCAUCUAUGCUAAGAUCGAUCGCCCAGCCAGACUUGUCAACUUUGCGAAACCACGCGACGCCGAUGACGUGCUGAACGAGUGGAGCAGUAACAUGAAGAGCUUGCUCGGGUUGUUGGAGAGGAUCGAUCAUUUGAUCACCAAGGAAGAGAUGAUGGCUCGAAUCCUUCCGUCCAAGGGCUCGGAAAGGACGAAGGCGCGUUGA